AUGGGUUCCCGAUGUACCUGGUAUGGAAUUGGCGCGGUGUCAAAUGAGAGUAAGACGUUCACCGCAGUGAAGCUAUCCUCAGUGAAAGGAAACAUCGGUCUCCCAGUCGUAAUGAGUCUUUUCCUGCUUGAUGUGGUCGGCAUGCUGACAGUUCAUCGCGGCCAUAUUUUCGUUCAUGUCGUUUCUGACCUUGGCCACCUCAUCCUUGGCGGCGUCUCUCUCAUUGAUGGCCUGAUCCCUCUGUGCCUGGACCUCAUUGUAAAGCCUGGUGAACUUAGCAAAACCGCGGCCCAACUCCUCCUUGGUCUUGGAAGCCUGCGCAACAGCCGUAUCCCUCUCCUUCUGCACUUCGGCGUACUUGUGGGUGAAGUUGGCUUUGCUGGUCUCAAGUCUCUUCUCCAAGCUGGCGACCUCAGCGAGGGCCGCAUUCCUCUCCUUCUGUACUUCAGCGUACUUGCGGGUGAAUUUGGCUUUUCUGGUCUCAAGUUUCAUCUCCAAGCUGGCGACCUCGGCGAGGGCCGCAUUCCUCUCCUUCUGUACUUCGACGUACUUGCGGGUGAAGUUGGAUUUGCUGGUCUCGAGUCUCUUCUCCAAGCUGGCGACCUCGACGAGAGCCGCGUCUCUCUCCUUCUUCAGCUGGGCAAUCUUCUGGUUGAGGUUGCCGGUAUUGGAGGUCUUGAGCGCCUCUCUGGCCUCGUCUCUCUCCUUGCACACCUCGUUGUACCGCUGGAUAGCACCGGCGCGUCCAUUCUGGUACGCCUUCUCGCUCUGGGCGACCUUCUCGAGUGCGGCCUCCUUUUCCUUCUUCAAGGUGUCCCUCUCCUGCGUCGCCUCGUUAUACUUCCUGGUGAAGUUGGCACGUCCGGUCUGGAGAGCCUUGUCGCUCUCAGCGGCUUUCUGGAGCGCAGCGUCCUUCUCGCCUCUCACCUUGGCCAAUUGACCCUUCAACCGAGCCACUUCACUCUUGCAGGUGGUCGAGGCGGUCUCUUUGCCGACCUCGGAGGCCUCAAGCUUGGUUCUGAAGACCUCGAGCUCCUGUCAAGCCAACGAUUAGUAACUUUUUGUGAACUGGGGAGAGAAUUUUCCGACGAGUCGUGUCAACGUACCAUGUUCAAAAGCGCGCUGCGCCGGAGCUCCACAUCAAGGCUAGCCUCCGCACUGGACAGUUGA